GUUACUCGGUUCUCUCUGAGCGAAGAUGCCGAGUUCCACAUUUAGAGUUUAGAGGGUCCGGAAUUAACUAAUUUUCAAUGUCUCCGAACUCUGGCACGUAAAAAGAAGGUCAAAGCAAGUCUGCGACGAUACAGAGGCAGCGCUGAGAUAAUAGAGCGGCAAAGAUGAAUCGGUAUAGCGCCUGUGUACUUUUUGCGCGGCAAUCGCGAGUUAUCUGCAGCGGCGGCGGCAGCAGCAGCAGUGGUGGGAGGAAGACGGUAAUCGCGAGCAUCUCGUCCGGAAGGAAGUUUUCCAGUUUUCAACGAGCGCAGAUACAGUCGGCAAGAGAGCGUCGGUUGAGAAUCAGCGAUGUUGGGUGUCAGACUCGACAGUACUCUUCCGAGGGGGUGGAUGUGCAGGCGGGGUUCGGGCAGCCUACGUACGAGACGCGGCCACAUAUGCUCAAAGAAGGCGAAUUGACGCCAGGAAUCACGGCUUUGGAGUACCACCUCCGCCGAAUGAAGCUGAUUGAAAAGCUCCCGGUCGGCAGCGCCGCCAUUCUCGUCGGCAACGAAAUCAAGUACCGGUCCGGCGCGGUCUUUUACGAGUUCCACCAGAACCCGGAUUUUUUCUACCUGACGGGAUUUAACGAGCCACUUGCGGUGGCGGUGAUUGAGAAGCCGGUGGAGGAUGAUUAUGUGUUUCAUAUGUUUGUGCAGCCGAAGGAUGAGAAGAAGGAGUUGUGGGAAGGACCGCGGACGGGUACGCAGGGUGCGAUUGAUGUGUUUAACGCCGAUGAGGCCGGAGACAUUGCACAUGUACGCAACUUUCUCGACAAGAUCGUGAAGCGGGCAAAUACGAUAUACAUCGACCUACCCUCCUCCGCCUCGCACGUGUCUACAUUCUUCACUCCCCCCGCCAAGCGCGCGACCACGGCGUCAAGCAUCGUCGAGCUAAUGAAAGCGCACAGCAAGAAAUCUCACCAGAUCAAGCCGCUAGGCGCGAUAGUCGAGUCGCUGCGUGCAGUCAAGUCGCGGUCCGAGUUCGCAGUCAUGCGCGAGGCGGGGCGGAUCUCGGGACGCGCAAUUACAAAGGCGUAUGGCGAGCGGUUUACGAAGGAGGCUGAUUUGAGUGCGUAUCUUGAUUAUGCGUUUAAGAUCGGCGGGUGUGAGAAGCCGGGAUACGUGCCUGUUGUUGCUGGUGGGAAGAAUGCGCUUGGAAUUCAUUAUACGAGAAAUGAUGAUCUGUUGAAUGACGGAGAAAUGGUCUUGAUCGACGCAGGAGGGCAAUAUGGAGGAUACAGCGCCGACAUUUCGCGUGCGUGGCCCGUGAAUGGAAAAUUCACAGACGUGCAGCGCGAUCUCUACCAGGCGGUGUUGAACGUAGAAAAAGCAUGCAUCAAACUCUGCACGCCUUCACACUCGCUCGAGAGCAUCCACCGUGCGUCGGUGGAGUACUUUGCAGUCGAGCUUCGCAACAUCGGCUUCAACGUGUCAUUGCACCAGCUCCAGGCGAUUCUCUACCCUCACUACGUCGGCCACCACCUCGGUCUGGACGUGCACGACUGCCCUACUGUCUCGCGACGGAUCCCGCUCGUGCCCGGCAAUGUGAUUACGAUCGAGCCUGGUAUCUACGUGCCGUACGGCGACGAGCGGUUUCCGCGCCAGUUCUGGGGGAUCGGGAUCCGGAUCGAGGAUAACGUGUAUGUGGACGACGACGGGCUGCCGGUCGUGACGUCCGUUGAGGCGGCGAAGGAGGUCGUCGACGUGGAGGCCGCGUGCCAGCGCCUGCUCGAGAACUAGACAGAGACAGAGCUCUGCAGCGAUGUGAAUAGAACCAAAAUUGACAAGAAUUGUAUAUCACA